GGCUUCCACCACGUUUCCCUCCCUCAAGCCUCCUCUCCACUUCUUUCUCGUGUGUUUCUCUCUCUCUCUCGCUGAGCUAUUCUGCGCCGUGCACACCGUAGAGGUUCGUCUUGUCCGCAGACAGCGGUGUCUGACACUGGAGAAGGCCAAAGGUCGGAUUUUUGGGAGUUCGGUAAUUGAAAAUAAGACCUUUUUCUUAAUUUUGCUUUGUUUCUUUCCUACUUCAUCACCCUCUCCAUCUCUUACGAGUAUUCUUCAUUGAUCUCUGCAAGUUCGUGGGUGUUGCGGAGAAGGUUAAAGUUCGGAUUUUUUGCGGAACCUGGGAAUAGAAAAUUAGUUCUUUGUUUUAGUUUUUCAUUGUUUCUAUCCUUCUGGUUGGGAUUCGUUCUUUCCUCGAUAUGUUUGUGACACGGUGCUCUCAAUUUAUGAUGUUUGCUUCAGAUUUAGGAGUCCAACAAGCGUUUGAUGUGUUUCUUCUCUAGAGGAAGAUGGAAGGGUUCGAAAGCUUGAACCAGAAAAAAACGGUUGCUUUCGGAUCAAGCAACAGUUUCUGGAUCAAUUAGUACUAUUACCUUUCUGGAUCAAGCAAAACUCCUACUUUUAGAAACCCAUGGACUUCUUCUCUGUUUGCUGGAUUCUUUUUUAAUCUUUAUUCAUGAAUGAAUCCGCUUGUUCUUCGCUUUUUCAUCCUUCUGUUCUGAGGAAAUAAAGGGAAAAUUGAGUGCUGAUUGUUCUUCCCUUCUAGUGAUUUUGAUGGAAUAAAAAAUUUAAAAAAUGUCGUUUUUGUUAGAUUUGUUUUCCUAUUAUAUUAUAUGCCUUAUGAAUCAUUGGGUUUGCUUUGAGAUCUAACUUGUUUCUUCCAGCAAUCUACAGAACCAACAUCAAAGACGGAGUCCAAAGGGAAUCCUGCCUCCCAAUAUCUUGUUCGAUCACUCUGGCCGCCCCUGAAGUACCGUCUCCUCUCACCUUGAGAGAGGUGUGGGCUCGGGAGGACGCUGUCUUUCCUCCUCACUCCACUCUCCUCUUUGUUUGGCUUCUUUGUUGUAUGGUAAAAGGAUACCCGAUCGACAACGGCUGACCGCUCAAUCUAUUGUAAGAUACAUCUACUAGGCAUAGUUCUUUACUCUUUUGCUUACUAGGGUUUGUUAGCUGCACAAUAUUGUUUGGGAAUCUACAAAGGAAGAUCUUGUGUUGUUUGUGGAUUUAUUAACGCCCCAGAAGAUGGCAAGGUUCAGUUGCUUCUCUAAUCUUCUCAUCGGAAUGAAGAAGAAAUCCGAAAAAUCAUCCAAAGCUGUUGAUGCCAAAAGGGUGAAUAGUACUGGAGAUUUGCGAGUUAAACCAGAAGAUCUCCUUCAUCCUUCUCUCGAGAUGGGAAUCAAGGAGGCAUCUUUCGGGGAUUCAGUACCUUUAAAAGCUCAAGGAAAGAGCUCUGUGAGCAAUUUGAAGGUUGAUGGGAAUGGGAACACUAAUGAGAUCCUGACAAGGACUACAGCAGCAGUUGAGGCAGCUUAUGAGGGAGGUGAUGAGCAUGAUGAUGUUUUAUCUAUGAAAAGGGACUUCUCUGACUUUGAUCUCCAGGCGUUAGCCAUGGAGAAAGGUGAACUUGCAUACCCUGGUUUUAAUCAAGAAUUCAACAACGAUGUGAUGGAGUACAAGUCAGACAAAGUUGCAGGGAUCACUCCCAAUAUGCUGGACCAAAGCGGGCAUGUCAGCGAUCCAGGGAUGGGGAGGACGACAGCAUUUUGGGGAUCUCCCUCACUGAAGCGUUCAUGCUCCAACAUAGAGAGAAAGAGAUCUGGUAAAUUCCUUACAUCGCCUACCAAGUCCUAUUCAUCCGAAGAUCUUCAAAAGCUAGCAGAAAAUGGUGGUGGAGAAGCACAUGGCAUUCUAGGCAGCCCAUUAUCUGUAAUGACCUCCUGCAGUGCUGACAAGGUGAUGCUAAAGAAGAGAUCUUCAAGCCAGGUGCUUCCCUCAAGGAGUAGGAAGCUCUGGUGGAAGCUUUUCCUGUGGAGUCAUAGGAAUCUCCACAAGUCUUGGGUCUCAAAACCAGAGAGGACAGUCUCCACUGUUGAUGCAUCCAAGCAGAAAGGUGGCUAUUGCUCAGAUACGCUUGAACCAAGCUGUAAGAUUGACAUAAAAAACAAGAAGCCAAUGGAAGAACCUGAGAUCAGGAAUGAUUUGUGGCCUCAAAAUCAAUGGGUAGCAUUUUGUGCAGAAUCCUCGUCUCUAGAUAGAGUUAAUGCUUGGGUCCAUAGUCUCGAUGAUAGCCCUUUCUACCCAAUUGAUGAUGACGAAGUGGUCACUGGAGUUUAUGUUAACAUGGAUUCUACUGAGGUGGGAGAACCUUCAGGCAAGAACCAGACUGGUAUGAGCAGGCGCACCAUGGAGGAAAUCGUGCAGGCCAACAAAAUUGUUGAAUCUCUCAAUUCCUUAUCUGCAGUGGCUCACAUUUCCUGCAUGGGUUUGAAAGUAAUACCAGCUAUUUCAGCCUUCAAUAGCCUCCGAGUGAUCAAUUUAUCAGGCAAUUUCAUAGUUCAUAUUUCUCCUGGAUCAUUACCUAAGAGCCUUCAUAUGCUUGACUUGUCAAGGAACAAGAUUGCCACAAUUGAAGGUCUCAGAGAAUUGACGAAACUAAGGGUGCUUAAUCUCAGUUAUAACAGAAUCUCACGAAUUGGUCAUGGACUGUCAAACUGCGUUCUAAUUAAAGAACUUUACCUCACGGGCAACAAGAUCAGUGAUGUCGAGGGGCUACACAGGCUCUUGAAGCUUACUGUGCUUGACCUGAGCUUCAACAAGAUAUCCACAGCAAAAGCCUUAGGCCAGCUUGUCGCCAAUUAUGACUCUCUCUUGGCCCUUAACCUACUUGGCAACCCGAUACAGACCAACAUCGGGGAUGACCAGCUCCGCAAGGCAGUCUGUAGCCUCCUCCCACAGCUUGCUUAUCUCAACAAGCAACCGACUAAACCCCAUAGGGAGGUGGUAACUGGCAACAUAGCCAAGGCUGCACUUGGGGACAACGGCUGGCAUUCUAGGAGGAGGUCAACAAGGCGUGUGAUCCAGAGUAUGAGCUCAUCGGUCAAGGUAAGGGUUGGAGAGGGAAGUAGCCACAAGGGAAGCAGCCACAAGGAUAGACAGAGAUCAAAGAGCAGGCAUCAACACUCGAUUUCAACAAGAAAAUAAAUUCAGAACCUACAAGACUUGAGUUUGAUAAUCUGCAUGCAACUCAACAAAUAAGCUGUCUCUUAAUCCAAGCUUUAGCAGAGAUGAUCUAUGCAUGGCUAAGGAGGAAGUAUUACAUUGCAUUUAACUAUGUUAAUUAUUGAAAAUUAAUGGUAAAAAUGUUCUAUCUAAAUAGAUAUUGCUGCUUGUUAAAGACAGUUGCAAUUGUUGGGAUCAAUGUGAGCAUAAUUCAUGCAA